UUUGUUUUUUGACAGAUUAAUAACCUCAAAUCUCAAUUUCGUUUUGAAUUCGUUCGCCGACAAUAAUUUUAUUCAAACAGUAAACAUUAAUAUAAAAUUGUUUCCAUAAUAUUUUCAGGAAGAAACGAUGGCUUCCAAAGACGGCGGAGAAAAAACAAAAGGUGGCCAAGGUGCGGGCGAUAACAAAGAAAAGCGGAGGAAAGAAUCCAUUCUCGAUCUAAGCAAGUAUUUAGAGAAAAGUAUUCGUGUGAAAUUUGCAGGAGGACGUGAAGCUGCAGGAAUACUCAAGGGUUACGAUCCACUUUUAAAUCUUGUCUUGGACAACACCACAGAGUUUCUCAGAGAUCCUGAUGAUCCUUACAAGCUCCUUGAUGAUACCAGAGCCCUUGGUCUAGUUGUCUGCCGGGGCACAUCAGUAGUAUUGAUUUGCCCUAUGGAUGGCAUGGAAGCAAUACCUAAUCCAUUCAUUACACAAGAAGGAUAGUCUUUUAGGGGAAUAUUUUUUUACAUUAUUUUCAUAAGUUAUAAGAUUAAGUAAACAAUAAGAAC